CAAGUGACAAAGAAAAACAUAAUUCAAUAGAGCUUCAUGAUUAUCCUAAAAAACCUGAAAUCAUAUAUAGAGAUCAAUCUACCAGCACUUACCAUUAUACUAUUAUUUCUGAAGGAUAUUAUCUAUCACCAUCAAUUCUUAUCAAAACUCAAAAAAAAAAAAAAAUUGCUAUAGAAUUCCUGAUAAUUACAAAGUUGCGAUUAGUUGGAAAAAACAAAGAUAUUAAUAAUAAAAGACAAUUAAAGCUUUGUUUCAAAAUUAAAUAUAAUAUGGAUGGGUUACAAACAAUUAAGUCUUGGCAAAGUGCCACUUACAUAGCAAAUUUAUUUGCACAGACAUAUAAUAAUAAUAGAACAUCAACACUAUCUGGAACUAUAAUAUUCAGAUUACAACUUAAAUGUGUAGAACAAGCUAGAGAUUCUCAUUAUCAAUCUAAUGUUCUUCAACCUCUUGAAAAGCUUAGUAAUUCAGCAAAAAGACCUCAAAUUAAACAAAUUGGUGUAAAAGUCCAUAAUCAAGAUUGGAUUAUAGAUUAUUCAAAAGAUAAAACAUUGAAGACAAUAAAAAGACAAGCAUAUGUUCGUGCAAUGGAUUAUUAUUAUAUUUCAAGAGAUGCUCUUCAGUCAAUAGCAAAGAUGUCUUCAGAAUUAAGUUGGGAAUAUACAAUUAGUAAUGAAAAGCUUAACAUCGAUAACAUAAUGCAAAAUAUUAUACCUUUUUACAUUAUGAAUAUUAAUAUAGAUCAUUCAACAAUAUUUGCAACAGACAAUAAAGAAAUUCAUAUUGAAGAAGAAGAAAUAAUUCAUAAUUUGCAAGAUAUUUUUCAAAAUGGAAUUCUUGACAAGUUCAGUAAUAAGUGGAAUGUUGAACUUUAUUUCUCAUCUGACUGGAAAUUUCUUGCUUUAUGUCUUGGAUUGAAUGUCACCAAUGCAACAUAUUUCUGUCCAUAUUGUAAAUGUACUAAAAAGGAAAUUGGGUUAUAUAAUAAAUCCUGA